AUGCAUCAUCGAGGUUUCCUCUCAGCACUCGCUGUGCUCCCAUUCGUCGUAGCCUCUGUCGCCUCCCCUGGUGACACGGCUGUGAUUCCUGGAUGGCAUCUGCAGUCUGCCCUUCACGCACCUAGUAAUCUGACUGAGCUAUCCCUUCCGACGGCUCACAAUGUGGGCUCCUGGUAUCGGAUCGGCUCUCGGGCUACUGUCAUGGCAGGGCUGAUUCAAAAUGGCGCUUACAAUGACACGCACUUACUCUACUCCAAUAAUCUUGCAACCGUCGACCAGACCAUCUUCCGCGCCCCGUGGCUGUAUCGCGAGGAGCUCAGCCUUACCACACCUCCCAAGGGACAACAUAUGUUCCUCGUCACUCACGGUAUAACUUCCAAGGCGGAUAUUUACUUUAACGGAAAACAAAUUGCAUCCAAUUCCACUCAACAGGGAUCGUACGGUGGCCAUCGCUAUGACAUCACGCCCUUUGUCCGGACUGGAAAAAAUGUCUUGCUGAUCCAGGCUCAUCCGACAAAUUACCUCCGGGACUUUGCCCAGGGCUUUGUGGACUGGAACCCGUACCCGCCUGAUAAUGGAACGGGAGUCUGGCGGGACGUAGAACUCAAGCAGACAGGACCGGUGUCCAUGUCAUCGCCGCGGAUCUUAACAGACUUCAUUGGUGUACAUACUGAGAAUGUCACCGCCACUAUCAAGGUAGACAUUAAGAACCACGAGAAUCGCGUGGCCAGUGGUGUUGUGCACGGUACCGUCCAGGCGCAGGGUCAUGCAUCCCAGACGGUCGCGUUUUCCAAGCAAUUCAAAUUAGAACCACACAAAAGCGCGACAGUUUCGAUGGAUGUUUUGCUGAAGAACCCCAGAAUCUGGUGGCCCGCGGCCUGGGGUGAGCAGCCACUGUACACGGUUCAGGCUAAGACCACUCUUAGUCACAAUGAGGUCUCGGAUAUCGCGCCACCAACGCAAUUCGGUAUUCGACACGUUACGUCAAAGCUUAACUCGUAUAAUGACACUGGAUUUAGCGUCAAUGGAUACCCGUUCCAUGUGAAGGGAGGUGGUUAUAGUCCGGACAUGUUCCUCCGGUUUGACCUUGAGCAUCUGCGCAAGAUCUUCCGUUACAUGUUGGAUAUGGGUCUGAAUACGGUGCGCUUGGAAGGAAAACAGGAACAUCCAGAAUUGUACGAUCUUGCUGAUCGUAUGGGAUUGAUGGUAAUAUCAGGAUGGGAGUGCUGUGAUAAAUGGGAAGGGUGGGAGUACAACGACGAAGCAAACGGAGUCAAGUGGACAGAGAAGGACUACCCAGUUGCUGAAGCUAUUAUGCUCCAUGAAGCAGAAAUGAUGCAGGCUCAUCCAUCAAUGCUGGCAUUCCUGAUUGGAUCGGACUUCUGGCCCAACGAGAAGGCCACAAAUGUGUAUGUCAACGCUCUGCAUCGUAUGGACUGGCCCAACCCGAUCAUUGCAUCAGCAAGUAAGCGCGGCUAUCCCAAGCUCCUGGGUCCGUCUGGCAUGAAGAUGGACGGGCCUUACGAUUGGGUACCGCCCAACUACUGGUACCACGACAAGCUGGGGGCAGCAUUUGGUUUCGGCUCCGAACAAGGGGCUGGUGUCGGAACGCCCGAGCUCGGCAGUCUAAAGCAGUUUAUGUCUCCCCAAGACUUGGAUAAUCUGUGGAUGAAGCCAGACGAGCCGCAAUGGCACAUGAGUAAAAAUGACUCGCCCUUUGCGGACCGCUCCCUGUACAACGAGGGACUUUUUGCGCGGUACGGGCCGCCCGCCGGGCUGGAUGACUAUCUUCGCAAAUCGCAGAUGGCGGAUUACGAAGCGACUCGGGCUGAAUUUGAAGCAUUCGCCAUACGCCAAAACGCCAGUCGCCCGGCCACUGGCGUGGUUUACUGGAUGUUGAACGGCGCCUGGCCUAGUCUGCAUUGGCAGCUGUUUGAUUAUUACUUACGACCGGCAGGAUCGUAUUUUGGGACUAAGGUGGGUGCCCGCUUGGAGCACGUCGCUUACGACUACGAAGCGCAUACAGUUCAUAUCAUCAAUCAUUCUCUGGACAAAUUCGGGAGGCGGACUGUUACUGUGGAUUUAGUUGAUCUCGACGGCAGAUCGAUGCACUAUGAAAGUAUCGCUACAUACACCACUCCAACAACAUCCAAGCAGGUGGCAGAAGUACGCGAGAUAAAGAAAAUUAAGGAUGUCGGCUUCCUUAGAUUGACCCUCAAGGACUCGCAAAAGGGCACCACUCUCAGCCGCAAUGUCUAUUGGCUCCCACCUAACACAGAGAGCCUAGACUGGGAUAAUUCUACCUUCUACACGACACCUGUCACCCAAUACACCGAUCUCACUGCAUUAAACAACAUGCGCGCUGCAUCCGUGUCGACAAGCAUGAAGACGACCGUGUCGGAACAUGGAUCCACAUUUGCCGAGGUGACGCUGGAGAACACAUCCGAUGUGCCUGCUUUCUUUAUGCAUUUGACGGUUAGCGAUGAGAAACAACACGAGCUGGCGCCGGUAUACUGGUCUGAUAAUUAUGUUACUCUUUUCCCGAAUGAAAAGCUCACAUUGACGGUGGAGUUUGAAGGGAAGAAGUGGGUAGCUACAUUGACUGGGGCGAAUGUGGAGGAGAGGGAAAUUGGACGGAGCUAG